CUUAUACCGUGUGCGAGAUCGAGAGGAAGGCCGAUUCCCGGGCAGAUAGCGGAUAAACGAGAAGCGCAGAAAUAUUCGGAGGAUGGUGGGAAGGUCUUGGAUCCCUCUUUUCCUCUCGUGCUGACAGGAUUUCGGGACUGGGCACAAUUUCUCGAGGCAACAAGAUGGCCGUGCGGAACGUGCUGGUGACCGGCUGCUCCUCCGGCAUUGGGCUGGCCCUGGCAGUGCGCCUAGCAAGAGAUGAACUGAAGCGAUUUCGAGUUUUUGCUACCAUGAGAAAUUUGGAGAAAAGUGAAGCCCUGAAGCAGCAAGCAGGGCCAGCUCUGGAUAAGAUGCUUGAAAUCAAAGAACUGGACGUGACCAGUGAGGACUCUAUCAGGAGCUGCGUGAACAGCAUCCCCCAACGCAGGGUGGAUGUGCUGGUGAACAAUGCAGGAUUUGGUCUGAUUGGUCCAGUGGAAAGCCAGAGCAUGGCCUCAAUUCAACGCCUCUUCGACACCAACUUCUUUGGCUUGGUGCGCCUUAUCCAGGAAAUCUUCCCUGACAUGAAGCAACAAAAGAGAGGGCAUAUUGUUGUGAUGAGCAGCGUCUUAGGUUUGCAAGGUCUCCUCUUCAACGAUAUCUACUCUGCCUCCAAAUUUGCUGUGGAGGGUUUCUGCGAGAGCUUAGCCCUGCAGGCUCUAAAAUUUGGGAUCAGAAUCAGUUUGAUUGAGCCAGGACCAGUGAUAUCAGAGUUUGAGAGGAAGCUUUAUGACGAGGUAGCAAGCAUGGAUCUCUCCGGUGUGGAUAAAGAGACACUGGAUAUAUUUCACAAUUUCUACCUAGCCUACUCCAAGGAGGUCUUCACUGCACUGGGGCAAUCUCCAGAAGAGGUGGCUGAGCAUGUGCUGAAAGUGAUCACUUCUGAGAACCCUCCAUUGCGAUAUCAAACCAACAGCUUCUACACACCCAUCACCACUCUCAAACAUGCGGACCCCAGUGGGAACCUGCCUCUCAAUACUUUCCACCAGAUGAUCUUCCAACACGAUCGGCUCUUCAAAGCCAGUCUCAGCCUCCUUAAAAUGCUCCAGUGGAGAAAGAGGAGAGAUAUGGACUAGAUCGCCCACAAGUAAAGAAGAUGCUAGCUGUCUCAGAGCCCCUCCUUCCCUAACAGGCUUCUGAAAAGAUCCUAUUUAUAACUUACAUGCAGAAUGUUUUCUUGUAGGGCAGAAUGAGGUGACCCUGGCCUGAUUCAGUGUGUUUUGGGGGUCUAAUGUUGCUUCAAAGCAAUAAGGAGUUAGAAUGAGAUAACAGUAUUUUGAUCUGAGGGUUGCAAAAAGGAGUGUCAUAUUUUUGGUGUUCCUUAUGCACAGUAACAUCUUUGAAUAAUACAUUUUUAAUAAACUGUGAUACCUGAAUCAAAAAUGUCACCCUGCAUUUGCAGUCCAAAGUGGUGUGAUCCAAAAUAGAUCCUGUCGAUCUUGUACAGUAUAGCAUUUUCCAGUAUUGGCAACUUCUGGAUGAGUGGACUUAAGUUCCCAGAAUUCUCAUCAAAGGAUAUCCUAGCUGAGGAAUUGUGAAAGUUGAACAUGGCUAAUUUGGGAAAUAAUAGGGCCAGUGCCCCAUUUGGUAUGUUAUAUAUAAUACCUAACCUUAAAAAAAUGUACUGGGAGUCUGGGCUUUUACUUAAAUGCAUUCCUUACUGAACAUGUUUUCCAAUUCUUGAUUGUAUUAGGACUUCUCUGAAGUUAGUUCUGAGAUGUAGUUAAAACAAUUCUUAAGGCUGAAGAAAGAGAGUGUAUGCAUAUUUUAAAGUGUUUUUUUCCCUGAAAAAAAUCAAGUAAAAGAAUCAAUUACUGUAAAAUAGGAAAGAACAAAAUAAAAGGACACAAAGCAAAGCAAAAGAUUAGGAGGUACUAUGGAAACAAAAAUGUCAUUAAUGUAGACUUUUAGGAUUUUUAUUGGGAAAAAGUUAGCUUACAAUGGGGCAGAAGACUUGUAAUCAGAGUAGGAUUACAAGAGUAGGUUUAGUUAGUUAUUGUCCAAAAGUAUGUACAUGAUACAGAAGAGGCUCUUUUUUUAAUAUAGCAGAACCAAAGGUAUUUUAAUUAUACAGGCAUCGAUAGCUUUGAGGCCAGAGGAAAUCCUAUGCAUCUUUAUCCAGAAGUAAGUCUUACUCAGUUUAGUGGACUUCCUUCUAGUAAGUGUUUAUUGGAUUGCUUCCUCAGUUUUGUUUUUUUCACAUUCAAUAAUCUGUGAAAUAAAAACUUACAAAUAGAAA